AUUUAAAGAAUUAAAGUUCAAAAAUAAUGUUUUAAGCUCUUUACGAAACAAAUGAAUGAGGUUCAGUAACCGUUUGGCGCUCCCUCUGACCAAUCAAACUCACUUCGCCGCCAUCCGACAAACACUCCGCCAUAAUGGCCUCGACAUUGCCGCCUAUGGCUCCGCCAUACAGCGCUGUGCCGACCGCCGCCUCCUACGCCAGGGCAAGCAGCUCCACGCGCGCCUCUUCCUGUUCUCCAUCACACCCAAUAACUUCCUCGGCUCAAAGCUUGUUACGUUCUACGCCAAAUGCAACCUCAUGCACCAUGCACGCAAGGUGUUCGACGAAAUACCCAGCAAGAACUCCUUCUCCUGGAACGCAAUGCUCAUGGGCUACUCAUUCAACGGCAUGUUCCAUAAAACGAUAGACCUCUUUUACACCUUUUCUUUUACCCAAACCAUGUGCAUUGAUAAUUUCACCAUAUCGUGCGUUUUGAAGGCGCUUUCUUCGUUGUUUUGUAGCUUAAAUUCGGCGAAAGAGGUUCACUGCUUUGUUAUUAGAGGCGGUUUGGACAGAGAUGUUUUUGUUAUGAAUGCUUUGGUUACGUGUUACUCGAGGUGCGAUCAGGUUGUACUUGCGCGGAUGGUGUUUGACGGAAUGCCGGAGAGAGAUACUGUGUCGUGGAACUCAAUGAUUUCGGGGUAUUCGCAAGGAGGGUUCUAUGAAGAGUGUAAGAGGCUGUAUUUGGAGAUGUUGGGUGUGCCAGAUUCAGCGACCAUUGCGAGUGUGAUGCAGGCUUGCGGACAGUCUGGGGAUCUUGUGUUUGGAAUGGAGGUUCACCAAAUGGUGAAUGACAGUGGAAUGGAGAUGGACAUGUUGCUUUACAAUGCUGUGAUUGCCAUGUAUGCUAAAUGCGGUAGUUUAGAUUAUGCUCAAGAACUGUUUGAUGAAAUGAGUGAGAAGGAUGAGGUUACUUAUGGCUCAAUGAUUUCAGGGUACAUGGUUUAUGGGUUUGUUGACAAAGCCAUGGCUGUUUUCAGAGAAAUGGCAAGGCCUGCGUUGAGUAAUUGGAAUGCUGUGAUUUCAGGUAUGGUUCAGAAUAACCAGUAUGAAAGGGUAUUGGAUUUGGUACAAGAAAUGCAGGCUUCUGGUUCAAGGCCGAAUGCUGUCACGCUUGCUAGCGUUCUUCCAUCUUUUUCAUACUUCUCAAACCUGCGAGGAGGGAAUAUUCAAAAUAUAUAUGUUGCAACUGCAAUUAUUGAUACUUAUGGAAAGCUAGGGUUUAUUCAUGGGGCACAGAAGGUUUUUGAUCAAUCACAAGGUAGGAGCUUAAUAAUUUGGACCGCAAUUAUAACAGCUUAUGCUGCUCAUGGAGAUGCUAGUUUGGCGCUUGGCCUCUAUGCUCGGAUGCUAGAUGAAGGAAUUAAGCCUGAUCCAGUUACAAUAACUGCUGUAUUGACUGCUUGUGCUCAUUCUGGAUUAGUAGAUGAAGCUUGGGAUAUCUUCAAUUCAAUGCCAUCAAAUUGUGGAAUUCAGCCAUUGAUGGAACAAUAUGCUUGUAUGGUGAGUGUUCUUAGUCGAGCUGGGAAGCUCUCAGAGGCAGCAGAUUUCAUUUCCAAAAUGGAAGUUGAGCCAAGUGCUAAAGUCUGGGGUGCAUUGUUACAUGGGGCUUCUGUUUAUGGUGACGUAGAAAUGGGCAAGUUUGUGUGUGAUCAUUUGUUUGAGAUUGAACCAGAAAAUACUGGAAAUUACAUAAUUAUGGCGAAUCUAUAUUCACGUUAUGGGAGAUGGGAGGAAGCUGAUAAUGUCAGGGAAAAACUGAAAGGAAUUGGGUUACAGAAGAUCCGUGGAAGUAGCUGGAUUGAAACAAGUAGAGGACUAAUAAGCUUCAUUGCGAAGGAUGUAUCAAAUGAAAGAUCUGGUGAGAUCUAUGCAUUGCUGGAAGGGUUGCUUGGUUUGAUGAGGGAAGAAGGAUAUGCUCUGCAGGAUGAAUUAGAUUCUGAGACUUCUUUUGGUUAACAAUUGAAUAUUAAUUUGUGGUGAAAUAGAUUAGUGCAGAAACUAAACAGUACUUGUCUACCCAGAAAAAAAAAAAGUAAUGCUUUCCUGAGUUCUCUAGAUGAGGAUUUACUCUCCUUUCCAUGAAUUGUUAGUGGAAAAUUUAUGGCUGCUAAGUACUUCCUGUACACCUCACACCUAAAAAGACGAACAGGGAUUAGAAUGCUAGAAUCACUGAGCACCAGCAUAGCUAUUUAGUGUACAAAGAGGUUAAAGAACCUAGAUGAAUCUACCAGGAAUUCAUUUCAAUUUUCAGUUACAUAGAGGAGAGAGGAAUAAACGAGAGCCUCUUCAAGUUUCUACAAGCAUGGCUCUAUGUUAAAGAACAUUGAAAUCUAUUGUCUUGGUUCAAAACCAUGGGCUUGUUUAUUGAUGGCAAGAAGCCCCCUACGCCUUCCUCCUAAUCCUCUCUGUUAGAGCAUGCCCUAAAAUUUCAUAGCGGAAUAUUUGAGUUAAUUA